AUGAAGUUUUCUAUUGUAAUACUAAUGCUUCUAGUCGUGGGGAAUAUGGCUUCCGAUUUUGAUCAGUAGGUUGAAGAAUUGUAGAACUCCAACUUUGGUUAGACAAUAUUACAAACAAUUUUGAUGGAAUUGUAAACAGGUGACCCAGUGAUUUCAAACCUAAUUAAUAUGAUCUAGGGUCUGGAAACAACCUUAGAGAAUGAAUAAGAAAGAGACGAUAAAAGAAUUGCUAGAAUAACAUAAAACUGUGAUAUUGACAUAAAUACCUUGAAGGAUUAAAUUAAUUAGAGUACUGUCAAUUCAGCGACAUUGAAAAGUGAAUUGGACAGUUUGAAUCCUUAAAAGGUUUCAGCAGUAGCCAGUCUUGAGAGAAAAAAUAACGAAAUUAAUGAUCUUAAGACAGAGCUCAAUUAUUAAACACAUAAGAGAGAGACAGAAACAUUGACCUAUUAAGUCAUAUUGGACAAUUUGGAACAAGCACUUUUUGGUGUCAAUCAAGUCAAAGGAUAUUUCAAUAGCUAUUUAGAUGUACUUGUAAAAAAUCGCAAAAGAUUUGACAAACCAGAGCCAUCUUUCUUGCAGGAGAAUUAUAGUUUCAAGUACGAUUAAACAGAGAUGGAUGAUGUAGAGGAUUAAGGAGUCCAAUUUACAUCAUUCUCUCAAGUAGCAUCAAAAGUGAAUAAAUUAAAGCAUCAUAUCCAUUUAGAAGGUUAUAGAGCCAUGAUUGAAAUGAUGAGUCGCUUAGCUGCUAAGGCCUAAGAUGAACCAUCUCAAGCAGAAGUACUUACAAGAAAGGUGUUAUCAAUUUUGAAAUAAAUAGAAAACUAUAUUCAAUCUGAAAGAAUCAGAGAGGAUUAAGCAGAAGCUCUGAGAUAGGGAAACUUCGAUUUACUCAAGACUUUAUUGUCGGACUAAAUAGUUUAGGCCAGUCAAGAUAGAACAUAUAUGGAAGGCCUUGUCGAAUCCUUGUCCACUAGAAUUUAAUAAGCAUCUAAUGAGAAAUUUGAAGUUGAUCAAAAAAUAGUCACCAAAACCAAAGAAUUAGACAACAGAGAAACAGAUUGCAGACUCAAAAAUAAUGAAUAUGAAACAGACACAGCCAAUAGAAUUAAAUAAAAGAGAGUAGUGGCAGUUGCUGUGGAUCUAAUCUCAUCCAAAUUGGGACAACUUAAGAGAAAAUUGCUAGAAAAUUGAGUUUCAUAUAUAAAAUUAAAACCAAAUAAUAUAUCCAUUGAA